AUGACUAGGACAGCAGUUAUAUUUAUAGAGAGAGCUACACCUGCCACACUUACAAACUUCAAAGAUGCAUUAGCCAAUGAUUUGCUAUCUACAGAGGGAACAUGUUCCCUUGAGUUUCGUACUUAUAGAACACAAAUUAAGAAUUAUUCCGAGGAUUCACAGUCAAAAUUAUUGUACACAAUGAAUUUUUCUCAUCAUGAUGAAAAUACAAUUAUGAUCAAGAAUAAAUUAGGUUUCUUAUUAAGUUCGGAUAUUUCUAUCGGUAGUAAGAUCACAGAUGAUAAUAGAGUACAAAACUUGGUAGAGAACGAUUGUAGUACGGGAUACCCUGAAUCACUUGAUAUUUUAUUAGGUAAUAAAUUAACAAAUAUGUGGGAACAACGACAAAUACUGAGAGGUGAUGCAGGGGAAACAUUCAAGACUAUGAAUUGUCUCAUCCGAUGCAUUAACCUAUUUUCUUCAACAGGGUUCAAAGGGUUGGUCAUCGAAGUUGAAGAUACAACUACAAAUUGUACUAAUGAAACAUUUACCAGUAGAAUCAAUGAAAUUAAAGAACUAUUGAAUGAAAUAGCAAUUAAAGAAUACCAAAUAUCACAGGAUACCCUUAAUGGUGAUGAUGUUGGCAACAAUGUCAACCCUUCACAGACAGACUAUCUUUGUAAUUUGGCAUACCAAUAUGUACGUGUUCUAGAAUAUUAG